AUGGAUCCCUCAUCCCGCGCCAGUGACGCUCUUAGAGCCGAGAAUGUACGCCGCGCGUGUACGACCUCGAGAACGCAGCGUGCAUACCGCAGCUAUCGCCACGGGAUAGCUGCGUGGAUCCGCGAGUCUAAGGCCGAUGCAGACCGGUAUUUCGAGCCUGGUGGUGAAAUUGACAUCUCCAUGUUCACUCCCAAAGAUUUCGAGGCGUUUUUGCUAGCUAAGAUGAAUGCCACUGAGAAGAAGCUGAAGGUGACCACACUCAGUGGUUAUAGGAGCGCAGUCAAGGACAUUUACCGACAGAAGAAGCUUCCUCUCCCUGCUGCGUACAUGGACGAUAUGAAGACUUUUUUCGCUGGGCUCAAGCGCAUCGAGGCGGAGCGCAACCAAGGAAGUGCCGGCGAGGCAAAAAUGGCGGGGGAAAUGGCGCUACCGUACUCUGUGUACGAGCGAGUGUGUAAGCAGAUGCUCGUGCUAAAUGACGGUGGGUUUGCCCACCUAUUUCUGACGGUGCAGUGGAAUCUGAUGUGCCGAUCUCAGUCGGUCGAAACUAUUCACACCGGGCACAUGAGUAACGAAGACGACAGCAUCGGCUUCGUCUUUCAUAAGAGCAAGGCGAAUCAAGAUGGGGCCUAUUGGGCGUGCUACCCUCGCCAAGGCACCGGUCCGCUGUUCCCAGGCUCCCUGCAACGCAACCGGCCGUCAUACCCGCCGACCAACCCAACUGAAAGUCGCGACUAUUCUGCGUCUAGUUAG